AUGGGGGGUCAGGUGGCGGCUACCGCAGAGCGCCAACAACAUCUUCUCAACUCGGUGCAGCUGCUCCUUCUCCUGCUCCCCGAAGAGCAUCGCGAGUUACUGCAGCACAUUAUUAAAAUGCUCCAUUCGGUGGCAGCGCGUGAGGAGAGCAACAAGAUGUCCGCGGAGAAUUUGGCCAUCUUGUUUACACCGCACCUGAUUUGCCCCAGGCAAAUGCCGCCUGAGGCGCUCCACUAUACGGCGAAGAAGAUGUCCAGCAUUGUGUCCUACAUGAUUCAGCAGGGUCUGGAAAUCUUCGAAGUUCCCGGAAAGCUAGACACCGAUAUACGGGCGUACUUUCUUGAGCGCAAACGCAAAAAAACCAUGUCACCGGAGCAAACCCUUGAAGAAUCCUUCUCGGACGACUCGACGGUCAACACGUCGGCAAACAACAGCAAUUACACGGACACUGCACUGGCGCAGCUGUACGCGCACAUUCAGAGCCUUCCGGAGUCCUCCAAGAAGCGUCGCCUCAUCAAGCAGUUUAACAAGCAAAACGGACAAGGUCAUCGCGAGGAGCUCCAGCGUGCCAUAAGGGAGCAUCACGAGAAGCAUGAUGCCAAAAUGAUGCGCGCCAUGGAGGAGGCAGAGCGUAAGAAGUAG